AUGAAAGCCCUCGCACUCUUCUUCUCACUUUCCCUCUAUCUCCUCCCCAACCCAACUCAUUCUACGCGCAACCCCAUCCGCCUUCCCACCGCCGCGUCCGCCACUCCGGUGUUGGACAUCGAGGGAAACGAGGUCCUGCCCGGAGAAACUUACUUCAUACGCUCCUGGAAGUGGACCCAUGGAGGAGUGAGACUUAUUAGUUUGGACGGGGCGACGACCCUAUGCCCAAGCGACGUCAUCAUAGGGACCGGAGUAGACAACGGAAACCCCGUCGUGUUCACGCCGGCGGACCCCAACGCCCCCGUCGUCUUGCAGUCGACUUUCCUGAACAUCAAAUUCGAUUUCCCGAUGGUUAAACUUUGUGUAAAUAACGUUUCUUGGGAGGUUGAGUACGACGCUAGUUCCGGGCAACGUUUCGUGAGGGCUGGCGAUGUUUUCUCGUACCAGUUCAAGAUUGGGUUCGGGUCCAGCCUUAACGGCGGCCUUAACGCUUACACUAUCACUUAUUGUGAGUUCGGGACCGACAACUGCUACGACGUUGGCACGGACUACGGUCACAAAAACUGGCCGCGUUUGGCUCUGAGUACCGAUGAGCCCUGGAAUGUUUGGUUUCAGAAAGCUGGAGAUGUGUAA